AUGGUCUCCAAUGCGAUCAAGGUCCUACCUGCUUUCUACUCGGUCACGGCCAGCAUGGACAAGGCGCGUGACUUCUGGGAGCUGUUCGAAGCUCACACCAGCCACCUCCCGGACCGGUCUCGGCUGUUAGUGUUCCGACAACGGAUCAAGGGCUCUGAAGCUGAACGGUGGUGGAACAACUCGACUAUCAAGACGUUCGCGACUCUGAAGGUCCGAUUCCACAACCUGUUCCUCAGCCGAACGGCUGACCAGCUCUGGGAACGGUUGCAGCCCGCUCACAGGGAGCGUGGCGAAUCCGUUGAGGAGUGGGGUGACCGUGUGACGGGUCUUUGUGACUCGUUGGACUAUCCGAACAGGAAGAUGAGAUAUCAGCUGUUCCGUUGCGGACUCCGAAACAAACGCAUAUUGGGAUGUCUCGAUUCGGGACCGGCGCGUGACAUUCCGGAGGCCUGCGAAUGUCUAUUGGCCAAGGAGAUGUCGCGUCCCAUUGAAGAAGACGACGAGUUCUCGGACGAGAAGAAGAAGUCGAGCGGGAGUCCUCGUGGGAACGGUCGACCGGUCCGAGGAAUUCGUAUGGGAGCUAACAGUCGAACCCAAGAGGGAGCGCCUGUGUGUGGCAGGUGUGGCUACGUGGGUCACUCGCGAGAGACCUGCCGCCGCCAGUCCAUGACGUGCCACAACUGUGGCGUUCACGGUCAUAUCGCUGUGGGGUGUGAAGCGGGACUCAGCAACUACCAACGCGGCCCUGGAACGGUUGGCCGGAACGGAGGUCGUGGCGUUACCAAGUGCGCGUUCUGCGAGGAAGAAGGUCACCUUAUCGGUGCGUGUCCAGGCAUUGUGGCACUCCGUGGUGCGGCCCAGGAUCUGAGGACCAGGUCUGCACAAACCGCUUCGAACCAAUGA